GGGCCUGGGUCAAACUUAUCUUCUUGUAUUUGUUCGUAAACUUCGGCGCAGCCCUCAUCCACUGGGCUUGCUUCGAAAUGGAACGGAAAGUUCCGAUGCCGCGAAACGACCGGGAAAUUAUGGCGCCUUCGUCUCAGAUCAAGCGGCGGAAAAUCGAUCAUCCUCCGUCGCGCCGAUCUUCAUCUUCAGCUGCUGUAGAGAGACAUGGAGUUUUAGCAUCAACUAAAGGCUCAACUUUCCCUGUUGCUAGUGGGAGUGAAUUUCGGAUGCUACAGGAUAAGAGUUCUGCCAUAGCAGAGGCCAAACAAGAUGGUUGCACUGGUAAUUUUAAGGUCCUUGAUUCUCCAUUUGGAAAUUUUCUUUUACCUGUUAUUCCUUCUUCCACGGAAUUCUUUGAAUAGUAGUUUCGAAUCUGAUACUGAUUCCACCAGAUUUUUAUAGCUGAUAUGCUUUUGGUGUUAAACUUUUUUGAAUGAUUGAGAUACGAUUACUGUAAGAAAUUUAAGAUAAUGAGCGGAUUAUGGAUUAAGUUUGUUCAUAAACUACCAAAUGAUUGAGAACCCAGUUGUUACAAAUUAGAAUCCAAUGAAUAAAUCGCCACUUUGCUAAAA